AUGAGGGUUAGGGCCAGACAGACAAAACACCUGCAGCAGAACCCAAGUUCUGGGACACAGCCCGGAGGAAGCACAAACAAGGAAGUCAGCAGCUGUGUCCCGUGCUGUCCAGACCCCCGCAGCCCAAACAUAAAGGCUGCCCGGGACAGGAGCCUCCAGAACUCACCGCCUUCCUCCCUGAUUCCACUCCAGCCCCACGCCACCAUGUGCCACACCAGCUGCUCCACGGGCUGCCAGUCGGCCUGCUGUGUGCUCAGCCCCUGCCAGAUGUCCUGCUGUGUGCCCAGCUCUUGCCAGCCGGCCUCCUGCACCCCCAGCUCCUGCCAGACGUCCUGCUACGUGCCCGUGAGCUGCAGGCCCGCCGUGUCCGUGAGCUGCAAGCCCGCCCUGUACGUCGUCCCCUCCUGCCAGUCCUCUGUGUGUGUGCCCGUGAGCUGCAAGCCCCUCGUGUUCAUGGCCUCCUCCUGCCAGUCCUCCGGGGGCUGCUAG